AUGGCAUCUUCUUGGCUCUUUAGACUGCUCUGUUGUUUGUUUGCAAUGACGGCCAGUACAACGGCCGCUGAUGUGGCUGACAAGUGCGGGCAGCCAAAUGCCACUCGCAUCAUCCUUUGGUCGAUCAUGCGGUCGGGAUCGUCUGCUCUCAGCCGUUCUUUUCUGCAGCGGAGUGACACAAAGGUUCUUUUUGAGCCGUUCGUGUCGGUGUAUUAUCUGGGCCCCGAGCGGGAACACCCCAGGCAUACGGACCUUCCUGCAGACCCACAAUACACCUACGAGAAGAUGUGGGAUCAGCUACUCAACCCCCCAGGCGGCGAAAGCGUGAGCUUUGCCAAGGACUUUGCUGUCACGCUCCCCCGGCGAUGGUGGAGAUCCAAGGAGAUGGCAGAGGUGAAGCACAGCUUUCUGAUCCGACACCCUGAGCCAGCAAUGACUUCCAUGCUCCGUGCCUGCAAGGAUCCAGAGAGUACCGGCUAUUCCUAUUUCAAUGAGACUGAGAUGGGCUAUAGUGAGUUAGUGGCGAUGUUUGAGUACGUCACCAAGGAGUUGCAUCAAGUGCCGCCGGUUAUCGACCACGAUGAUCUCAUGAAGCAGCCUGAAGCCGUGCUCCGCAGCUUCCUAGGUCACCUUGGCCUGGACUUUGACGAGCGCAUGUUGCACUGGACGGCGCCUUUGCCGCCUCACCCGGAGAUUUGGGCGGGUUUCUUCGAGAAUGCAAACCGAUCGACCGGUUUCAAACCGACAAGGGUUGAACGAAAGAGCACCGAAGCUCCCGCAGAGAUUGCGGAUGCGAUAGCGAGAGCAAUGCCAGCGUACAGCUUGCUCGCGAGUCACCGGUUGCAGAUGUGA